UUUCGUCGCUUCCGUCUCGCAGGGGUUUCUGUCCGUCCCGUGCGUUUGCAACGUUUGCAAGACUGGAUUGCUGAAGGUCCGGGAGUGGGGCGCUGUUUUCUUCAGGAAUCGGCCGACUAGACAUGCUGAGAUGAAGCCUCACCUGGGGAUAUCUCUUUACAGAACAUGGUUCAGUAAUUGCUGCGGCCUGCACCCCUCGCUUUCUUUCCUCGCAAAGAGAAUUUCGCAUUCGGCAGACCUGAAUAUCUUUCAGUGCAACUCCUUGCGGAACUCAGCGACGACUGUUCUGUUCAAUCACUGGUCAAGGGGAUAUCACCAGUCCUCAAGAACACUGUGGAACAAUGAAGCCUUACAAAAAUAUCUUCAGACUUUAAGUCAAGAGUAUCAAAGGAUUAGUCAGUUGCUAGAUGACUCUUCAGCGAGCGAACACCGUCGUAAGGCUCUGGGUAAGAGACACACCGAACUGUCCCCGCUUGCUGAAGCAUUUGCGGAAAUAGAAGAGGCAAAAAAAGAGGUCCAAGAUUUGGAGACGCUGUGUGCAAAGUUAAACACCCCAGAAGAGAGACAGCUGCUAGAACUUGCUCUAGAGGAAAAGGAAGCUGUUGACCGGAGAAUCGGCGCUCUGUGUCGAAAGCUUUUCCAGAUCUUGAUACCAAGAGAAAAAUAUGACGACUGUGACACUGUACUUGAAGUAACGUCUGGGAGGACAACUGGAGGUGACAUUUGCCAGCAGUUUACGCAAGAAGUGUUUGAGAUGUACCAGGGCUAUGCUGAUUUCAAAGGCUGGACUUUUGAGAUUCUGAAUUACACUCCUACUGACUAUGGUGGGAUACACCACGCAGCUGCCCGUAUUUCGGGGGACAGUGUCUACAGGCAUCUGAAAUACGAAGGAGGUGUGCAUAGAGUGCAGCGGAUCCCCGAGACUGGCUUAUCUUCACGAAUGCAGCGAAUCCACACUGGGACCAUGUCCGUUAUUGUCCUCCCCCAGACAGAACAGGUGAAGAUCAAAGUGGACCCAAGAGAUCUGCGGAUAGAUACGUUUCGAGCCAGAGGGGCUGGUGGGCAGCACGUUAAUAAAACAGACAGUGCUGUGAGAAUUGUACACAUUCCUACAGGGAUAACUGUUGAAUGUCAACAGGAUCGGUCUCAGCUCAUGAAUAAAGAAACAGCCCUGAGGACACUGCAAGAGAAGCUGUACCAGCAGGCCAUUGAGAGAGAGCUGAGCGAAAAGACCAGUUCUAGGAAGCUGCAGUUAGGGACCAGAGCCCAGUCAGAGAGAAUUCGCACAUAUAAUUUCAGCCAAGACAGAGUCACUGACCACAGGAUCUCCUACGAAGCACGCAACAUCAAGGAAUUCCUGUGUGGCCGAGGGCUGCUGGAUGAUCUGAUCAGCAAGCUGCUGGAAGUGGCAGAGAUGGAAGCUGUGACUGAACACUUGGAACACAACUGUAAACCUCUACAAAGAGAUUUCUGACUUAAAAAAAAAAUACAGUUGUCUCUGAUGCUC